AUGGCCGCCGCGCAUCCAGGCCCCGCCGCGCCCGCCGCCCCCGCCCCGCCGCCUCCUCCCGCCGCUCCGGGCAUCCUCAUCGGCGACCGGCUCUACUCCGAGGUGUCGCUGACCAUCGACCACUCGCUGAUCCCCGAGGAGCGCCUCUCGCCUACCCCUUCCAUGCAGGACGGGCUGGACCUGCAGUGCGAGACCGACCUGCGCAUCCUGGGCUGCGAGCUCAUCCAGGCGGCCGGCAUCCUGCUGCGGCUGCCGCAGGUGGCCAUGGCGACGGGGCAGGUGCUGUUCCAUCGGUUCUUCUACUCCAAGUCCUUCGUCAAGCACAGUUUCGAGAUUGUUGCUAUGGCCUGCAUCAAUCUCGCGUCCAAAAUCGAAGAAGCGCCUCGUCGGAUAAGGGACGUGAUCAACGUGUUCCAUCACUUGCGGCAGUUAAGAGCAAAAAGGACUCCAAGCCCACUGAUACUUGAUCAGAACUACAUAAACACCAAAAAUCAAGUAAUCAAAGCAGAAAGGAGGGUACUGAAGGAGUUGGGAUUUUGUGUUCAUGUCAAGCAUCCUCAUAAGAUCAUUGUUAUGUAUUUACAAGUCCUAGAAUGUGAACGUAAUCAAACCCUGGUACAGACAGCCUGGAAUUACAUGAACGACAGCCUCCGGACGAACGUGUUUGUCCGCUUCCAGCCGGAGACCAUCGCGUGUGCGUGCAUUUACCUCGCUGCUAGAGCCCUGCAGAUCCCGCUGCCUACCCGUCCCCACUGGUUCCUGCUCUUUGGCACCACGGAAGAGGAGAUUCAGGAGAUCUGCUUAACAACUCUGAAGCUUUAUACCAGAAAGAAGCCCAAUUAUGAAUUUCUGGAUAAAGAAGUAGAAAAGAGGAAAAUGGCACUACAGGAAGCAAAACUGAAAGCAAAAGGUUUAAAUCCAGAUGGAACUCCAGCACUCUCAACACUGGGUGGCUUUUCUCCUGCAUCCAAACCAUCUUCCCCAAGAGAAGUAAAAGCUGAGGAGAAAUCUCCAGUGUCUGUGAAUACCAAAACCGUUAAAAAAGAGCCAGAAGAGAGGCAGCAAACCUCCAAGAGCCCUUACAACGGGCUGAGGAAGGAGAGCAAGAGGAGCCGCAGCAGCCGCAGCGCCAGCCGCUCCCGCUCCCGGACAAAGUCCCGCUCGCGCUCCCACAGCCCCCGCAGGCACUACAACAACCGGAGGAGCCUGUCGGGCACCUACAGCUCCCGCUCGCGCAGCCGCUCGCGCAGCCACAGCGGGAGCCCCCGGCGGCACCACAACCACGGCUCGCCCCACGCCAAGGCCAAGCACGGCCGCGAGGAGCUCAAGGGCAGCAGCAGGCACGGCCACAAGCGGAAAAAGUCCCGCUCCCGCUCGCAGAGCAAGUCCCGGGAGCACUCGGAGGCGGCCAAGAAGCACCGGCACGAGCGCGGCCACCACCGGGAGCGGCGCGAGCGCUCGCGCUCCUUCGAGCGCUCCCACAAGGGCGGCAAGCACCACGGCAGCGGCCGCUCGGGCCACGGCCGGCACCGCCGCUGAGCCCGGGACCGCGCGGCUGGGCCGGCUCUGGCACCAAGUCCUGGGACUGCAGGGCCGGGCCAGCUCCAGCGCCGCCGCUGAGCCUGGGACUGCGAGGCCGGGCCAGCUCCAGCGCCGCUGCUGAGCCCUCAGACCGCAGGGCUGGGCCAGCUCCGGCGCCAGGCCCACGGACUGCAGGGCACCACCGCCAGGUCUGCAGCAGCUUCAACCCCGUCUGGUUUCCUAAAAGGUGUACAAGAAAUUUUUUUCUCGUGGGAAAGAAACUGUUACCAACUUUUGCACAUAAUACCUUAGCAGUAUCCCAGAGGUGGCAAACGAUCAGGUUCACUGUAUGUAUUAGAGUUGUGUAUUGUUUAUUGAGCUGAGAACUGGAGAAAGGAUUUCUGUAAAAAAGUAAAACGUACAUUAUUUUUAUACCAGUCAAUUGCAGACGCUUAUAUUUAAGUAUAGUUAUUUGUUUAAACAUGGUGGAGACUUUCUUACACUGGUUUUAGUCUGCAUGUGUUCAAAGAUUUUUACAAAAAAUAAAAUAUAAAGCUUUUUUUUUU